UCUGGGAAAACGCUUAACCAUGAGGUUGCUCUUGCUUUUUGGUGCCCUUUUGGGGCAUAUCUACUGUCUGCAGACAUUUGUGGGAGACCAGGUUCUUGAGAUCACACCAAGGAAUCAAGAACAAAUUAAGAAUCUGGCAGAACUGGAGGCUGAAGAACAUCUUCAGCUUGAUUUCUGGAAAUCACCCACUACCCCAAAAGAGACAGCCCAUGUCCGAGUUCCCUUUGUCAGCCUCCAGGCAGUCAAAGUUUUCUUGGAGGCCCAGGGAAUUGACUACUCCGUCAUGAUCAGAGAUGUUCAGGCUCUGCUGGACAAAGAGAAUGAAGACAUGUUACUUAACCAGAGAAGAGAACGAAGCGGAAGCUUCAACUUUGGGGCUUAUCAUACAUUCGAGGAGAUUUCCCAAGAAAUGGAUGCCAUCGUUGCUGAACACCCUGAUCUAGUGAGCAAAGUGAACAUUGGCUCCUCUUUCGAAAACCGGCCCAUGAACGUGCUUAAGUUUAGCACUGGAGGAGACAAACCCGCCAUCUGGCUAGACGCCGGGAUCCACGCGCGAGAGUGGGUUACACAAGCCACUGCUCUGUGGACAGCAAAUAAGAUCGCCACUGAUUAUGGAACUGACCCAUUCAUUACUUCCCUUUUGGACAAGAUGGAUAUCUUCCUGCUGCCUGUCACAAACCCCGACGGCUACGUCUUCUCUCAAACCAAAAAUCGUAUGUGGCGGAAGACCCGGUCUAAGGUGCCUGGAAGCUUCUGCGUUGGUGUCGAUCCUAACAGAAACUGGGACGCGGGUUUCGCAGGGCCCGGAGCCAGCAACAACCCUUGCUCUGAUUCAUACCACGGACCCAGUGCCAACUCUGAGCCUGAAGUGCGUUCCAUUGUGGACUUUAUCAAGAGUCAUGGAAAAAUCAAGGCCUUCAUUACCAUCCACAGCUAUUCCCAGCUGCUGAUGUACCCCUAUGGAUACAAAUGCACCAAGUCAGAUAGCUUUGAUGAACUGAACGAAGUGGCUCAAAGAGCUGCCCAGUCUGUUGCCAGCCUGCACGGCACCAGCUACAGGGUGGGACCCAUCUGCUCAGUCAUCUACCAAGCCAGUGGUGGAAGCAUUGACUGGGCUUAUGACUCUGGCAUCAAAUACUCAUUUGCCUUUGAGCUGAGAGACACUGGUCGAUACGGCUUCCUUCUGCCAGCCAGUCAGAUCCUGCCCACAGCCAGUGAGACCUGGCUUGGCUUGAAGACCAUCAUGGAGCACGUGCGAGACCAUCCCUAUUAGGGCUCUGGGCGGUAAACAAACACCAUUAAAAACUCUUUGAUUUGAAGCAAA